CUGCAUCUCUUGUCCCAACAACCCCAAUUAGUAACGCACUGCAAUCAUUUUAUAGUCAGCUGUAACGCAAUAGCUAACCUAUCUAACUUAGGCCCGAGUGAUCGGUCUUUCUUCUGGUGCAUUCCUAGGCAUUCCGGUCGGAGUAAAGCAUCAACAAUAUCCAUGCGGCGAUAGGCUAACGCCGAAAGGGGUUAAUGUCCAUCCCGGUUCCCACUUGGUGAACGAUUAGGCUUUCUAUGCAAUCUGCAUGACGAACGAAAAGCUAUGCAGAGCUGAACAGGUGAGUAACGACGCCUCUGAAGCGCGAUGUGCGCUGGGCGGGCGAUCGGCUGGGAACCCGAUUUGUUCGACUCCGCCUUUGCUCGGCCGGUACUCCGCUUGUGCUCCCCCAACCCUCAAUGGUGCCAACUUAAAAGACGCCAUAACCCUCGACAUUCGAAGAGAGACAUUGCCUCAAUACCAGCACGACGACAUCACAGACAUACACAAGGUGACCUAGCUAAGGACUCGGUGUAUUAAAGAUAAUCAAUCCUCCACCACCACCACACGGCUACACAGGCGAGGCUUCACAAUCACAAUCAAUCACAAUGCCGUUCAUCGCGUCCGUCGUGUACCCCGCCGGAACCAAAUUCGACAUGGAGUAUUACCUCGCACACCAUAUGCCCCUUGUCCAGAAGCUAUGGGCUCCAUUUGGUCUUAAGAGCUGGAAGGUCGCGAAGUACGACAGUGAAGGCGCGCCCUACGUCGUCCAGGCAUGGCUCGAGUGGGAGAGCAAGGAGCACUCUAACAUGGGAGUCACCAGCGAUGACGGAAAAAUCGUCUUCGCCGACGUGGAGAAGUUCAGUGACAAGGCUCCCAUCAUGUUGACGGGUGAACAGGUCGGAUCCGCUAGUUGGUAAAUGCCACGGGAAAACAAGGACAAUAUCAGGGAAUGGAGAUGGAUAUUUAAUGACUCCUUGUAGUGAUACGUUCCACUUUUAAGCCGAAGCUCUAGCCUACGAUACAAUAUCUACGACUAGAUGAAGCAUAUGAGCAUUCAUGAUACAAUUCCUUUCAAACGCCCCUGCUCCAGAUCAGGCAUGCUGUUGGUGAUUGAUUAUCGGGAAGAAUUGACGUAGGAUAGUAUCACUCUGAAUAUCGGUAAGAUCAACGCAUUUAUAAAGCAAACAAAUGCGAUAGGAAAUUUAGGUCAUGACAAUGAAUAUUUCGGUCUUAUGUCGUUAUAAACGCUGUUGUUUGUUAGAUCAUACAUCCAAUUUUAACACAUGUCAUUUUUAG